AUGCUGCUCUCUCGCCUCGCAGCCGCCUUGUUUGUCUCCGGCAUUGACGCCGCCCUGACAUACAAAGGCGUCGACUGGUCUUCAGCAGCCGUCGAGGAGAAAAACGGCGUGUCGUACAAAAACGCCAAUGGCAAUGCCCAACCGCUCGAGGAGAUCUUCAAAGCCAGCGGCGUCAACACUGUGCGCCAGAGGGUGUGGGUAAAGCCGAGCGACGGCGUGUACAACAUGGACUACAACAUUGCACUCGCAAAGAGAGCCAAGGCCGCGGGACUCGGCCUGUACAUCGACUUCCACUACAGCGACACCUGGGCGGACCCUUCCCACCAGACCACGCCGUCUGGAUGGCCGUCCAAUGUGGGCGACCUCGCCUGGGAGCUGUACAACUACACGUUGGACGCCGCCAACCAAUUCCAAAGCGCCGGGAUCCAGCCCUCCAUUAUCUCCAUCGGGAACGAGAUCACCACAGGCCUGCUGUGGCCGUUGGGCAAGACGGAUAACUGGGCCAACAUUGCCCAGUUGCUGCACUCGGCGGCCUGGGGGAUUAAGGACUCCAACUUGAACCCGAAGCCAAAGAUUAUGAUCCAUCUCGACAACGGCUGGAACUGGGACACGCAAAAAUGGUGGUACACCGAGCUCCUCAACCAAGGAACCUUCGAAACCUCCGACUUCGACAUGAUGGGCGUCUCCUUCUACCCCUUCUACUCCGAGUCCGCAAGCCUCAGCGCCCUCAAGACAAGCCUGAACAACAUGGUUCAAACCUGGGGCAAAGACGUCGCCGUGGUCGAAACCAACUGGCCAACAUCCUGCCCCAACCCCAAGUACAGCUUCCCCUCCGACGUGAAGAACAUCCCGUUCUCGGCAGAAGGCCAGAAGACCUACGUCUCCAACGUCGCCAGCGCGGUGGCCUCGGUCAGCCGUGGAGUGGGGUUGUUCUACUGGGAACCUGCUUGGAUCCAUAAUGCGAACUUGGGGUCGUCGUGUGCGGACAACACCAUGUUUUCGCAGUCGGGUCAGGCGCUGUCAAGCUUGUCGGUGUUUGGGAGUAUUUGA